ACUACCACCCUAAUAUAAUUUUGUGCGUCGCCGCGCUCUGAAUCAAUAGUCAGAACACCGCUCGGUUCCUCAGAAGGCUCACUGAUUCAGUGAGAUCGAGCUCCGGAAGAAGCAUAGCUGUCUCACCGACAGCCAAAGCUCCUCUCUUUCUCUGGUUGCUUCUGCUUUGCUUGUUUCUGAUUGCCCUAAAAGAUGCUCCCACUUUCUCUACUAAAAACUGCACAGGGCCAUCCUAUGUUGGUGGAACUGAAAAAUGGGGAGACUUACAAUGGACAUUUGGUUAACUGUGAUACUUGGAUGAACAUCCAUCUUCGCGAAGUUAUCUGUACGUCCAAGGAUGGAGACAGAUUUUGGCGAAUGCCUGAGUGCUACAUCCGUGGUAAUACAAUUAAGUAUCUUCGGGUUCCUGAUGAGGUAAUUGAUAAAGUUCAGGAAGAAACCAAGAGCCGUGCAGAUAGAAAGCCUCCUGGGGUAGGACGUGGCAGAGGUAGAGGGGGCAGAGAAGAAGGUCCUGGUGGAAGACAAGCAAAAGGUGUUGGGCGAGGGCUAGAUGAUGGAGGUGCUAAGGGUGCAGGCCGAGGUAGGGGUGGCCCAGGUGGAAAGCCUAGUGGAAACAGAGGUGGAGGUCGUGGCCGAGGAUGAUGUAGUUGGGCAAAAUUGCUAAGUAUUCCAAGUAUUUUUCGAGGCACUUUUCUCCCAAUUAAAGUGUGAGCUCUAUUUAGAAUUUGGUUAGUUGUGUUGAAGUGUUGGUUUCAGUGCUGAUUUGUGGGUGAUAUACAGAACAAAGUUUGUAGUAAGGUUUCUCAUUUUUCCAACUUAUGCUGCUUUAUGUAUUCCAAGGUUGUAGAUCCUUAAACAAAUAUCAAACCACCUUAUGAAUUUAAAGUUAAAAAGGUAAAAAUUCUCCAGCACUCACUUUGCA